AUGGUCCUCCGAAAGGCGGCCCUCGUCGCGGCGCUGGCGGCGACGGCCGGCGCCUGGUCCUGCAACGACGCCGGCGCGGAGACGUUGAUGACGCUCACCUCCCUGCAGGCGACGGACGCCGGGGCCGUGUGUAACGACGGCACUCCAGCGGCUUAUUAUUUUGCCCCGGGCAGCCCCUCGUCGAAGACCUUCCUCGUCUACCUGAGCGGCGGCGGCCAGUGCUACGAUGCGGCGUCCUGCGCCGGCCGGGGCGACGGGAGCCUGUACCCGCACCACAACUGUUCGACGUCCGACGCGUCGAAGCCGUGCUUCCUGUCGUCGAAGGACUACGGCGCGACGUGCAACAAGACGGGCAUCUUCUCCGAGGACCCGGCGGCGAACCGGCCGCUGCACGGCGCGCACAAGGCCUACGUGCCCUACUGCAGCUCCGACGCGCACAUGGGCGACGGCGAAAAGUUCGGGCUCCAGUUCCGCGGGCGGCGGAUUGUCGACGCCGUGCUCGCGGACCUCGCGGCGCACAAAGGCCUCGGCGACGCGGACCUCGUCGUCUUCGGAGGCGGGUCCGCGGGCGGCCGCGGCGCCAUGGUCCACCUCGACCGCGCCGCGGCGACGCUCAAGGCCGCGGGCGCCGGGGCCGUCGUCGGCUUCCUCGACUCGCCCUACUACGUCGACGUCGCGCCCUACCCGCCGGCCCACUUCGUGGGCUUCUUGACGGAGAUGGAGGACGCCUACGAGAACUUCGACACGUCCGGCGUCGUCGACGCGGCGUGCGAAGAAGCGUUUCCGGACGCGCCGUGGAAGUGCACCUUCGGCGAGUACCGCAUGCCCUUCCUCAAGACGCCCUACCUCCUCGUCGCGUCCCAGUUCGACGGCUGGCAGAUCUCCAACAGCAUCCUGGGCUACAACGGCAUCGUCGCCGACCCCGUGCUCGACGCGAACGAGACCGCGUACGCUGACGCGCUCGCGGACACGACGCGGGGCCUCGUCGCCGCGCUCCCGGCGAAGCAAGUCUCGGACCCGAAGUCGUCCGUCUUCUCCAUCGCGUGCUACAGCCACCACGCGUCGGAGAAGGCCAAGUUCGCCGACGAGCGCGCGCUCGACUCCAACGCGUCCCAGGCCGACGCGCUCUUCAUGUUUCUCCAGCCGUCCGUGACCACGAGCCUCAAGUACGUCGACGGCGGCGCGGGCGGCUUCGCGACGUGCUAG